AUGGAUAUCGUGCUAGAGAUCUGUGACACUUUCGUGUUUGACAGAGUGUUUGCCACUCUUUUGCCUAGCUCAUUGGCCAAGUACGUGCCAGAGACACCUCAAGUCAUUGAGAAACUGGCCGACGUUAUCAACAACGGAACCCAGGCCGCUAUUUCUUACUCCGACGCUGCCAAGUUGCCAAACAUCUUCAGCUCAAACAAAGAGAUCUAUGGUAUCAACAACGAAUACCACUUCUUUGACGAAAGUGCUUACGCCCAUCUCUCGUUGCUCGGAAGAUCCAACCUAAUCAGACAGUCCAUCUCUUUGUUUAUCAUUAUGACCAUUUUUGGAUGGAUCUUGUACUUUGGAGUUGCCGCUGCAUCGUACCACUUUGUUUACGACAAAACCAAUUUCAACCACCCAAGAUACCUCAAGAACCAAAUGUCUUUGGAAAUCAAGCAAGCGCUUUCGUCUAUCCCGGUCAUGGUCUUGUUGACCGUGCCUUGGUUCUUGUUGGAACUCCACGGCCACUCUAAACUUUACUAUCACGUGAACGAGCAAACAGGAGGCUGGUGGGCUCUGUUGUAUCAGAUUCCUUCCUUCAUUAUGUUUACCGACUGCGGAAUUUACUUUAUCCACAGAUGGCUUCACUGGCCCUCUGUUUACAAGGUUUUGCACAAGCCUCACCACAAGUGGAUUGUGUGCACUCCAUUUGCAUCGCACGCAUUCCACCCGGUCGAUGGAUAUGCGCAGUCUCUUCCGUAUCACUGGUAUCCAUUUUUGUUCCCGCUUCACAAGGUGUCUUACCUGCUUCUUUUCACUUUUGUCAACUUCUGGACCGUGAUGAUCCACGAUGGUGAGUACAUGUCCGAUGACCCAGUUGUGAACGGCGCUGCUUGUCACACGGUCCACCACAUGUACUUCAACUACAACUACGGCCAAUUCACCACUCUUUGGGAUAGAUUGGGAGGCUCUUAUAGACAACCAGACAAAGAGUUGUUCAAUAAACAAUUGAAGAAAGACAAAAAGUACUGGGCUAAGCAGACCAAGAGUAUGGACGUGAUCCGUAACGAGCUUGAAGGAGACAAGGACUUCAGAGAGUACGGAACCGAGGAAGUUUUGCUGAAAAGAAGAAAGUGA